UUUAUUAAAUAGUGUGGAAUGAAACUCAACCGAACAAGCUGUGAAAAUGAAGCUCCGCCCCUCACAAGACUCACCGGAGAUAAAACAGGAAGCAGGCACACACACACAACCACUACUUCUACUGAGAGAGAACAGCUACAGGAAGGAGUUCUGGGACUUUAACCAGCUGCUGAAACCACAAACUGAACGUGAGUUUUAUAAGAACAAAGACUCAAAGUGAAAGUAACUUUCGGGAAAAGUUGAAGUGGCUGAGCUGUCAGCCUGCUGUGUUUGAGCCUGCUGUGUUUCCCGCUUCCCUCAGAGACUAAAUGGCUUCCAGAUCAGAGCAGGAGCUCUGCUGUCCGGUCUGUCAAGACAUCUUUAGAGAUCCUGUUGUUCUGUUGUGUAGCCACAGCUUCUGUAAAGACUGUCUGCAGGGCUGGCGGAGAGAGAAACAGACACAGGAGUGUCCAGUUUGUAGGAAAAGAUCCUUGUCUAAACCACAUUUUAGCCUGGUGUUGAAGAACCUGUGUGAUGCCUUCAUACAGGAGAGAGAUCAGAGAUCUUCAGAGGCUCUCUGCAGUCUGCACUCUGAGAAACUCAAACUCUUCUGUCUGGACCAUCAGCAGCCAGUGUGUCUCGUCUGCAGAGAUUCAGAAACCCACACCAACCACAGAUUCAGACCCAUCGAUGAAGCUGCACGACAACACAAGAAGGACCUUCAGGAAACUCUGGAGCCCUUAAAGGAGAAGCUAGAGGUUUUUGAACGAGUAAAAAAGGAGUGUGAUAAAACAGCAAAAGUCAUAAAUGUCCAGUUGCGACGCACAGAGAUGGAGAUUAAGGAUCAGUUUACGACGCUUCACCAGUUUCUAAAACAUGAAGAGAAGGCCAGGAUUGCUGCACUGAGGGAGGAAGAGGAGCAGAAAAGUCAGAGGAUGAAGGAGAAGAUGGAGGCUCUGAGCAGAGAGAUAGCA